UUUUAUAAUCCUCCCUAUUAUUAGAGAGCCGUAAUAAAGUGAUUUCUGUAAUUACAUGUUUAUGAACGCUACAUAACCAAUCAAAUUUUUUAAUAAGUACUUAAGAAUCAACGAAAUAACUCCACUAUUUACGUUCCGAUGUAUAAUUAUGAUAAACAAAUACGAAGAAAAGGGUUUACCAAAACUAAAGUCUGUUCAAGUUUUGACAGCGAAGUAUCAACAUGGACAUGGAAAGUCAAGAAACUAUACUGUUUGAAAAAUGCCUAGUUAGGGUGAAUAAAGUUCUUCGUAUACUAGGAAUGGAUUUAGACGAAAACGAUAUGGAAAGGUCUUUCGCACAACGUUUGCGUUACCGCUUAUUUUUCUGCUUCAAUAGCGUUUGGUUCAACAACGAUGUCUUUUUGGAGUUCGCGUGGUUGAUCGACAGUCUACUCAUCGGCAGAAGUGUUAUAGAGAUCACCUACUUUUUACCUUGCCUAACAUUCUGCAUACUCGGAGACCUAAAAGCCUUCUAUUUCAUGAAGCACGCACGAGAAGUUAACGAUGUGGUCUUGACUUUGAAAAAACUACAAGCUACUUCAAAAGAAAUCAAAGUUUACCGAGAUGAAGUAGAAGAAGAAAUAAUGAAACAAAUGCCGAAACUCAAUUUUGCCACUUAUUCUCUGUGGUAUACCAAUAUUUUUGGCAUAAUAACAUUUGCAAUUGGACCGUUUAUAAUAACAGCUUUAAAGUAUAAGGAAACUGGUAAAAUUGAGAUGCAACUGCCUUUCCUCGUAUGGUAUCCAUUUGAUUCGACAGAUAUUCGAAUUUGGCCAUUUGUAUAUAUUCAUCAGUUGUGGUCCGCUGCAAAUGCAGUACUUACUUCAAUCGGGCCUGAUAACUACUUUUCAACGUGUUGUACAUUCAUAUAUCUGCAGUUCCGGAAUUUACAUUACGAUAUAGAAAGAAUUUCCAUCCAGAAUGUGCGCCCCAGAAAUAAAAUGGUUGAGUCAAAAUUUUCAACGCAGAUUGUGGAAAUUAUUAAGCGUCACAGAGAACUCAUAAGAUGUAUAGAGAUGUUGGAAACCAUAUUUAGCAAAUCAACUUUAUUAAAUGUAGCAACAAGUUCACUAUUGAUUUGCAUCAGCGGGUUUAACGUCACGACUAUCGACAAUUACAUUUUGGCGGUGCCAUUCAUCGGAUUCCUCACAUGGGGAAUGUUCCAGAUAUACGUGUUCUGUUACUACGGCGACUUGAUAAUGCAAACCAGUACGGACGUGGGAAGUGCAGUGUAUAAUUCUCAAUGGUAUACGGCUGAUGCCGCUGAUAUGAAGGAUUUAUUGUUUAUUUUAAAGAGAUCCCGAAGGCCCUGUAAACUUACAGCUUAUGGCUUUGCUGAAAUUAACUUAAGAACCUUUGGCAGGAUAAUUAGUACUGCCUGGUCGUAUUUCGCACUACUCAAAACUGUUUACAAAUGAUCGUAAUGAAAAAGCAAUUUAUUUAAUCAAUUCAAAUUUUUACGAACAAGGAUCUUAUUGGGAUCUAAAUAGAAGCAC